AUGUCAAGUGUGGUCUCGCCAGUUCCGACACGUACUGUGACGGUUGUUGAAUACGUUUCGAGGCCCUCAGACCCGACAACAACUUCUGCAUCCGACUCUUCGCCAUCCUCAGCCCUUGCCUCAACCACUGCGGACGCAUCAUCCUCGACCUCAGACCAACCACACAGCAACACCGGUGCCAUCGUCGGCGGAGGCGUAGGCGGCGUCGCAUUCAUUGCCCUCGCAGCAUGCAUCAUCGUCUGGCUCAUCGUGCGUCGAAGAAGGGGAGCCCGCACCAACGAGCCACCUGCUCCAACGAACGCGCCCGAAACCAGCCAGCCUGCGAUCCAGCCAUAUGCCACCACAUCUCCAGUGCAGCAACCUACAAGUCCCGACGGCCAGGCCAAGGGCUGGAACCAACAAAUCGCCCAGCAGCGACCCGUCUCGAUGUCUCCUGUCCCACAGUACACCCCAGUGUCGCACUUCAGUGGUGUGAGCGGGGAAGGCCCGCGGCAUGAGGCCUCGGCUGUGAACUCGAGAGGGACAGGAAAUAACGCGGCUGAGUUGGGUUGA